AUGGCGCUGUUGGAAAGUUAUGGAUGCAAAGAGGAGGAAGAACAGAGAGCAAGACCUGAGCUAAAACAGAAGAGCAGGAACGAAUUCUCUGCUUCUCAGGAAGGUGACAUCUGUGAGAUCCCAGCUGAAGAGAACCUUAACAACAGAAAAGAAAGCAGUCAGUGUCCCGUGUGUGGCAAAAUGUUCAAAUGGAAAUCGAGCCUUUAUACCCACUCUAAGCUCCACACAGGGGAGAAGCCAUUCAAGUGUUCCGAGUGUGGAAAGAGCUUCAGUCAGAAGUCAACCCUCACUACUCAUCAAAGAAUCCACACCGGGGUGAAACCAUUUCAAUGUUCCGAAUGUGGAAAGAGCUACAGUAGAAAUUCAAGCCUUACUGCUCAUCAGAGAAUCCACACAGGGGAGAAACCGUAUAUGUGCCCGGAGUGUGGAGAAAGCUUUAGUGAGAAGAGAAAUCUCACUGUUCAUCAAGGAACUCACACAGGGGGGAAGCCAUUUCAGUGCUUGGAUUGUGGAAAGAGCUUCAGUCAGAUAUCAAGUGUAAGCAGACAUCAAAGAAUACACACUGGUGAGAAACCAUAUAUAUGCUCAGAGUGUGGGAAAAGCUUCAAUCAGAAAAGAAAUUUGACUGUUCAUCAAGGAACUCAUACAGGUGAGAAACUAUUUAAAUGCUCAGAGUGUGGAAAGAGCUUUAAUAGGAGAGACCGGCUUAUUUUACAUAAUAAAAUCCACAGAGGGGAGAAACCAUUUAAAUGCUUGGAGUGCGGAAAGAGCUUCAAUCAAAGCUCAAGCUUUACUUCACACCAAAGAAUUCACACCGGGGAAAAACCUUUCAAAUGCUUGGAGUGCGGAAAAAGCUUCCGUUGGCCUAGCGUCUUGACUUUACACCAACGAAUUCACACAGAUAAGAAACCGUAUAGCUGCUUGGAGUGCGGGAAAAGCUUCAGGCAGAAGAGCAAUCUCACAGCGCACGAAGGAAUCCAUACUGGGCAGAAACCAUUUAAAUGUUUGGAGUGCGGAAAGAGCUUCAGUCAAAAGAUUCACCUCACUUGCCAUCAGGGAACGCACACAGGAGAGAAACCAUUUAAAUGCUUGAAAUGUGGAAAGAGCUUUCGUUGGGCUACCUCUCUUACUUUACAUCAUAGAACCCACACAAGGGAGAGACCGUACACAUGCUUGGAGUGCGGAAAGAGCUUCAGUCAAAAAACCCAUCUCACUUAUCAUCAAGGGACUCACACAGGGGAGAAACUAUUUAAAUGCCUGGAAUGUGGAAAGAGCUUUUGCUGGGCUAUUUCUCUUACUUUACACCAACAAAUGCACACAGGGAAGAAAGCGUAUACUUGCCUGAAGUGCGGAAAGAGCUUCAGGAAGAACUCCAACCUUAGAUCACACCAAAUAACUCACACAGCAGAGAAACCAUUCAAAUGCUUGGAGUGUGGAAAAAGCUUCCGCUGGAACAACUCUCUUACAUUACAUCAACGCGUUCACACCGGGGAGAAACCAUAUGAGUGCUUGGAGUGUGGAAGGAGCUUCAAUAGGAAAUCCACCUUUAUAUUACAUCAGAGAAUCCACACGGGGGAGAAGCCCUUUAAAUGCCCAGACUGUGGAAAGAGUUUUAUUCGGAGAGACUCCCUCAUUUCACAUCAACACAUCCACACAGGACAGAAGCCCUUUAAAUGCUUGGAGUGCGGAAAGAGUUUCAAUCACAGCUCAAGCUUCACUUUACACCAAAGAAUUCACACAGGUGAGAGACCACAUAAAUGCUUGGAGUGUGGAAGGAGUUUUAACAGGAGAGGAACACUUAAAUUACAUCAAAGAAUCCACACAGGUGAGAAACCUUUUAAAUGUCUGGAGUGUGGAAAGAGCUAUAUUAGGAAAGACUCCCUUAUUUUACAUCAGAGAAUCCACUCAGGGGAAAAGCCCUUUAGAUGCCUGGAGUGUGGAAAUAGCUUUAUUAGAAAGGACUGCCUUAUUUCACAUCAGCACGUCCACACGGGGGAGAAGGCUUUUAAAUGUUUAGAGUGUGGAAAGAGCUUCAAUCACAGCUCAAGCUUCACCUUACACCAAAGAAGUCACACAGGAGAGAGACCACAUAAAUGCUUGGAAUGUGGAAAGAGCUUUAACAGGAAAGGGAUCCUUAAAUUACACCUGAGAAUCCACACAGGGGAGAAACCCUUUAAAUGCAUAGAGUGCAGGAAAAGCUAUAUUAGGAAAGGGUCCCUUAUUUUACAUCAAGGCAUUCACAAGGAGGAGAAACCAUUUAAAUGUCUGGAGUGUGGAAAGAGCUUUGCUAGGAAAGACUGCUUUAUUUCACAUCAAAAUAUUCACAGAGGUGAGAAGCCAUAUAAAUGUCUGCUGUGUGACAAGAGGUUCAAUCACAGCUCAAGUUUUACAUCACACCAACGAACUCACACAGAAGAGAGACCACAUAAAUGCUCGGAGUGCGGAAAGAGCUUUAACAGGAAAGGGAUCCUUAAAUUACAUCAGAGAAUCCACACAGGGGAGAAACCUUUUAAAUGCUUGGAGUGUGGAAAGAGCUAUAUUAGGGAAAGCUCCCUUAUUUCACAUCAGAGAAUCCACACAGAGGAGAAACUUUGA